CCAGUCAUUCCUUUUGCCCUUACUAGUCAUGGCGCUGGCCAGUGUGUUGGAGAGGCCGCUCCCGGUGAACCGGAGCGGGUUUUUCGGACUCGGGGGUCGUGCGGAUCUGCUGGACCUGGGCCCGGGGAGUCCCAAUGAUGGGCUGAGUCUGGCUGCGCCUGGCUGGGGUGUCCCAGAUGAGCCAAGAAUCGAAAUGCUUCACGGAACCACCACCCUGGCCUUCAAGUUUCGCCAUGGAGUCAUUGUCGCCGCAGACUCGAGGGCCACAGCCGGCGCCUACAUCGCCUCCCAGACGGUGAAGAAGGUGAUCGAGAUCAACCCCUACCUGCUAGGCACCAUGGCCGGGGGUGCAGCCGACUGCAGCUUCUGGGAGCGGCUUCUGGCUCGGCAGUGUCGCAUCUACGAGCUUCGCAACAAGGAGCGCAUCUCGGUAGCCGCUGCCUCCAAACUGCUGGCCAACAUGGUGUAUCAGUAUAAAGGCAUGGGACUGUCCAUGGGCACCAUGAUCUGUGGCUGGGAUAAGAGAGGCCCUGGCCUCUACUAUGUGGACAGUGAAGGCAACCGGAUCUCGGGAGCCACCUUCUCUGUCGGCUCCGGCUCUGUGUAUGCUUAUGGGGUCAUGGAUCGGGGCUAUUCCUUUGACCUGGAGGUGAAAGACGCCUAUGACCUGGCCCGUCGAGCUAUCUACCAAGCCACCUACAGAGAUGCCUAUUCGGGAGGCUCUGUCAACCUCUACCACGUCCGGGAGGAUGGCUGGAUCCGUGUCUCCAGUGACAACGUAGCGGAUCUGCAUGACAAGUAUGGUGAAUCUGCCCACUGAAGGAGGACGGCUGUGGCAGCUUGUAUUUCUUGGGGUGACUGGUGUUGCCAUAUGGGGACAGCACACCAUCCUGUGGGGAGGGGUCCCUGGAUGUAGUGAUGAUUUCUGUAAAGCUCUGUGCACUGACCUGUGUGUUUCCAGCUGAUGAGCUGCUGUAGAGACGACUAUUUGUUUGACUUUCUUGGCCGUAACCAUUACACUACUCAACCUCA